AGAGAGGAGAGUCCCCGGCCCGCCACCAGGAGGCUCCGGUGUCGUGUUUUGUGCGAGCUGUCAAGUAGUGGCAGUGUGUUAUCGACCUGUGUGUGUGCAUGUCCAAGGUCUCUUCAUGCUGGAUAUACUUAUUUAAUGGCUUGAACACCACAGCAGCGGGAGGAUGUCGGUGCGAGAACUAUACGUGAAGGGCGCCCAUGUGUGGAUCCCUGAUCGGGAGCAGGUGUGGCGCUGCGCCCAACUCACUCAGGACUACAAGAACCACCUGGUUACUGUCACCUUUGAGGAUGGCCAGACACAAGAAAUCAAGGUCAAGAGUGAUGAGGAGCUGCCACCAUUACGAAAUCCUGAGAUCCUCAUCGGUGAAAAUGACUUGACCUCCCUUUCAUAUCUUCAUGAGCCAGCUGUACUUUAUAACUUGCAAGUCAGAUUUUGCAAUCAAAAUGCCAUCUAUACUUACUGUGGUAUUGUGCUUGUGGCCAUCAACCCAUAUGAAGAACUUCCCAUCUAUGGCCCUGAUACAAUAUCUGCAUAUCGGGGACACUCCAUGGGGGAUCUUGAUCCACACAUAUUUGCUGUGGCUGAAGAGGCCUUCACUCAGAUGGAGAGGGAUAACAGAGAUCAGAGCAUUAUUGUGUCUGGAGAGUCAGGUGCUGGCAAGACUGUUUCAGCAAAGUAUGCAAUGAGAUACUUUGCUAGUGUUGGGGGCUCUGAUUCUGAAACACAAAUUGAAAAAAAGAUCCUGGCUUCUAACCCCAUUAUGGAGGCCAUAGGUAAUGCAAAAACUACAAGAAAUGACAACAGCUCUCGUUUUGGAAAGUACAUUGAACUAGACUUCACACGCAGCUAUAGCAUUAUGGGUGCAAACAUGAGGACCUACCUAUUGGAGAAAUCACGUGUUGUCUUUCAGGCUCCUGAGGAAAGAAAUUAUCACAUUUUCUACCAGUUGUGUUCUGCAGCUUCAGAUAAGAAAUAUAGUCAUCUAAGAUUAGGACCACCGGAAACUUUUCACUACAUGAAUCAAGGCCUCCAGGAGGACCCCACCCCGCCACGCAGAUCUCGGCCGGGCCACCAGGACAAUUUCCACUACCUCAAUCAAGGCAGCAGCCCUUCCAUAGAAGGUGUUGAUGAUGGUGCAGAUUUCAUAGAGACAUGCAAAGCACUGUCACUUUUAGGGAUAAGUGAAGCCACACAGAACCAGAUGUUCAGAAUUCUAGCUGGUAUUUUACAUCUUGGAAAUAUUGUCAUUCAAGACAAUGGAGGAGAUGCUUCAACAAUUGAUAAAGGUGAUGAGUCCCUUGCAAUUGUAGCUGAACUGCUUGGUAUUAGUGCCAGUGAAUUAAAGAUGUGGCUCUGUCAUCGUAAAAUCACUAGUGGCAGAGAAGUCUUUACCAAACCAGUGACACUCUCGGAGGCAACAUUCUCCAGAGAUGCAUUGGCAAAACACAUCUAUGCAAAGUUAUUUGACUGGAUAGUAAAGGAGAUAAACAAGUGCUUUGCUGCCCCUACAAAACCUUUCAGAUUUAUUGGGGUUUUGGACAUCUAUGGAUUUGAAACCUUUGAAAUCAACAGCUUUGAACAAUUCUGUAUAAACUAUGCAAAUGAAAAACUUCAACAGCAGUUCAACCAGCAUGUUUUCAAGCUGGAACAAGAGGAGUAUGUAAAAGAACAGAUUGAAUGGGAGUUCAUUAACUUCUAUGAUAAUCAACCAUGUAUUGAUCUCAUUGAAAGCAAGCUUGGUAUUCUUGACCUUUUGGAUGAAGAAUGUCGGAUGCCCAAAGGUUCAGAUCAGUCUUGGGUUGAAAAACUCUAUGACAAAUGUAAGAAGUGGGACCACUUCAGCAAACCACGCUUAUCCAACACUUCAUUCCUUAUUGCACACUUUGCUGAUAAAGUUGGUUAUGAAUGUGCUGGAUUCUUGGAAAAAAAUCGUGACACAGUAUCAGAAGAGCAAAUUAAUUUACUUAAAUCUAGUCAGAUAAGUUUAGUACAUGCUCUCUUUACUGAGAAGGCACAGGUAGCUCCCACCAAAGUGAAAGUUUUGCCUACUGGACCAUCACCUGCUCACAGUUCCAAACAAAUGAGGAAAAGUGUUGGAUCACAAUUUCGUGAUUCCUUAAAUUUGCUGAUGUUAACACUAAACUCCACAACACCACAUUAUGUGAGGUGCAUCAAGCCCAAUGAUGACAAGAUGGCCUUUACCUUCGAUCCCACCAGAGCCAUCCAGCAGCUGCGUGCUUGUGGAGUGUUGGAAACUGUCAGAAUCAGUGCAGCUGGCUAUCCAUCUAGAUGGACGUAUCAUGAAUUCUUCUGUCGGUAUCGAGUACUCUGCACAUCUAGAGAUAUUGUGAGAAAUGACAUGCGCCUGACAUGCGAAAAAAUCAUUGCAAACAUGAUCACUGAUGAAGACAAGUUCAAAUUUGGCCGUACGAAAAUAUUCUUCAGGGCUGGUCAAGUUGCCUAUAUGGAGAAACUUCGUGCUGACCGGUUGUCUGCUUGUGGAAUAAUGAUACAGAAGAAUGUUCGAAUGUAUAUCCACAGAAACCGCUUCAGAAGAAUGCGAAAUUCAGCUAUCGUCAUACAGAAGUAUGCAAGGGGCAUGGCAUCACGCAGACUUGCUCACCACAUGCGGCAGACUGCAGCAGCCAUCAAGAUCCAGGCAUGUGUUCGAGGAUGGGUGAAGCGAGUGCAAUACCGACGGUUGGUGUACACCAUCACCCGUCUGCAGGCUCAUGCACGUGGCUGCUGGGCUCGGCAGAAGUACCAGCACAUGCGCAGAGACAGAGCAGCUAUUGUCAUACAGAAGAAUGUGCGGCAGUGGCUGACAAGGAGACGCUACCUGAGGGCAAUGCGUGGCUUUGUCAUAGUACAAGGCUUGGUGAGAUGUUUCCUGGCAAGAAGACAACUCAAAAAGCUUAAGAUUGAAGCAAAAUCAAUUGAGCAUCAGAAGAAGCUUAACAAGGGAUUGGAAAACAAGAUCAUUUCACUGCAGCAGAAGUUGACUGAGAUGAAAAAUGAGAAUAGUUUCAUCAGCAGCUAUAAGGAAGAGAUUACGGUGCUUAAGACUCGUGUUACUGAUUUGAAGGGUGUAGAAAAGCAGCUCAAAGCAAGCAACAAUCAAGUCAGUGAACUUGAGGCAAGAAUUGCUGAGCUUACCAAGGAACUUGAGAUGGAGCGAGGUGAAAAGAUGGAUGUUCUGACUCAAAAGGAGCGAGCAGACAAGGAGAACCGUGAAUUGAUAGAGAAACUUAAUGAAGAAAAUGUGAGGUUAACAAAAGAACUUUCUGAUGCCCAGAAAGAAGAGACAAAAAGGGAAAGUGAAGAAUACUUAAGACGGAAGUUUGAGGCAGAGAAGCAGCAGCUCAUCUUGGAGAAUACAGAUGAGAAAUCUGGAUACCAAAGACUACUUAAAGAAUUCAAUCGUUUAGAGCAGAAGAAUGAACACCUUGAAGAAGAGCUGGCCAAGUUCAAAGGAGGCAAUGCUCACAAGAGAACAGCUAGCAACGUGAGCAACCUGAGUGGUGCCAGUGAUGCCCCUACUGAGCUGGUGCAUGACGAUGCUUCAGAGUUCUCUUCCUUCCCUGGAGAUGAUGACUGGAUGUCUGAUAUUGGGUAUGGCUCAGUUCGCAGCCGGUCAAGUGAAAUGUCAGAUUCCAAUAGGAAUUUGGAUAAUAUUGAGUGGUCGUCACAGAAAACUGGUGACACAUCAGAGAUAAAAAUUCAGGUUCCUCAAAAGAUGGAAGAUAUCACCCUUGUUCUGCAACUUCAAAACAAAGUACGUGAGUUAGAAAAGGAGCGACGCAAUCUGUCCAAACAAAUAGAUCACUUGGAGUCGUCAUCCCCCCCGGAUGACCCACAGCACGCACAGGAACUCAUCCGGCUACAGGAACUGGAGAUGGAGAAUGCUAAGCUCAAGGAUGAUCUCAACAGACUGAGGAAAUCCAUUGCAGAUUCAGAGCCACAGAACAACAGAGUUCAAGAAUUUAUGAGACAAUUUGAAGCCCUACAAGAUGAAUUGGAGAGGAGACGGGAAGAGUGCAUCCAGCUACGCACUGUGCUAGCAAACCGUGCCCAUGACCUUCGCUCAGUCACUCAGACUUCUUAUGGCAAAGAUGUGGAUAUAGUGAAUGAGGAUGGAGAGCUUGUACUAGCAUAUCAAACACAGAAGCAAGUCAACAGACGACAAUUGGAGGAUGAACUGAAGAAGGAGAAGCAGCGCCUCCAUGAAACGGAGACAGACUACAAGGGAGAGCUGGAACGACUUCGUCGAGACAAUGAGCGACAGCAGAAAUUAUUGGCACAGAACCUGUGCAAAAGUGAUGCUACCAACUCGGAGACUCUUUUGCAGUCUGAAAUUAUGCGUCUCACCUCAGAAAACCUUAACCUUCAAGGCCAAGUGGACAAUCUAACUGAACAACUAAAGAAAUACAAACGUUCUCUCAGAGCCUAUGCCAAGAAGCUCAAAGAAGCAGGAGGCAGCAGCAGUAAGCGGUCCUCAGCUCAGGGCAGCCCGUAUGGAGGAGAUCCAACAGACAUGUUGGAUGUUAAUACUACCAAUGAAGGGGAAGUUCUACCCAUCAUCCGGAAAAAGGAAAGGGAAUACAUGGGCAUGUUUGAGUAUGACCGAAGGGAAGAAAUGCAGAUCAUCAGAGUUCUUGUGUAUGAGUUGAAACCUCGUGUGGCAGUGACUCUGUUGCCAGGUCUCCCUGCUUACAUAUUGUUUAUGUGCAUCCGUCACACAGACCAUAUCAAUGAUGAUGAAAAAGUGCGAUCUUUGCUCAACAAUAUUGUGAAUGGAGUCAAAAGAGUAAUAAAGAAGCGCCAUGAAGACUUAGAUUCAACUGUUUUGUGGUUGUCCAAUGUGCUAAGAUUAUUGCAUAACUUAAAGCAGUAUUCUGGAGAUAAAGCAUUCCAAGCAGAAAACACUGUCAAGCAGAAUGAACAAUCUCUCAAGAACUUUGAUCUCUCUGAAUACAGACAAGUUCUAUCAGAUAUUGCUGUUUGGAUUUACAAUGGUGUCAUCAAAUUAAUGGAAGAGAAGGUUCAGCCUCUGAUAGUGCCAUCUAUCCUGGAACAUGAGGCAAUUGCUGGUCUCUCAGGCAACAAACCAGGAGGCAUGAGAGGUCGAACUGGUAGUGUUGCUCGUGAACUUGAGUCACCAGUGGAGCCCCAAAAAGCACUUGAUCUGUUGCUGAAGGAAAUGACUCAGUUUUAUCGCACAUUGGCCAUGUUUGGAACAGACCCUGAGUUAAUCACUCAAGUUUUCAGACAGAUAUUCUAUUUCAUCUGUGCUGGUUCACUGAAUAACCUGCUACUAAGAAAAGACAUGUGCCACUGGUCCAAAGGCAUGCAAAUUCGCUAUAAUUUAAGUCAUCUGGAGCAAUGGACACGAGACAUGCGACUGCAUGAAUCAGGAGUGACAGACACACUGGCUCCCAUCAUUCAGGCCGCCCAACUGCUCCAGGCCCGCAAGUCUGAUGAUGAUGUACAUUCUAUAUGUGACAUGUGUGACAAGCUGUCUGUGUCUCAGAUUAUCAAGAUUCUCAAUUUAUACACACCAGCUGAUGAAUUUGAAGAUAGAGUUCCCAUCAGUUUCAUCCACAAGAUUCAGGCCAAACUACAGGAGCGUGCUGAAGGAGAGCAGGCUCAGGCCACACUUUUGAUGAACACCAAGUUUGCUUUCCCAGUGAGAUUCCCUUUCAACCCAUCCAGCAUUCACCUUGAAGAUAUUGAACUACCUGAUGCUCUGCCACUGACUAUGUUAAAGAAGGUGUAAUUAGUGAUUGUGGUAUGUACCAACCUUGUUAAUGCUAGUCACAAAUAAUUACUUAAAGCUCUCUUUAAUAAGGAACUAUUUUUCUUAACAAUGAGUUUAUAAACGACUACAGAACUUUAAAAAAAAACUUCAGAGUUUAUAAACCACCACAUAACUUGAAACUUCCUUCCUUAUCAUGGAAAAAGAACUUUAUUUGUCUGUGAUACUUGUCACAUUCCACUCUCUCAAGUUAAAUGAUACAUUACAGUCCAUCACAGUCAGGAAUAUGAUUUAUUGCCAUGAAGUAUGUUCAUGCAUAGAGGAAAACAAUGUUUUUGAUAAGUGUAGGUAUGUGUGCAUAAUUUUUUAUAUGCGAUCAAUAUGGAUUUACAUGGAAGACAUCACUGAUUGCAGUUAGUUGUCACAACAAUUAUUUUAUGCACGUAUCUUGUAACAUUGGUUUCCUUUCUAAUAUCCAUAUCUUUCAUGAGAAAAUUUACAUGGACAGUGGUUGGUAAUUUCAUCAGCAUUAUACAAGAGAUUGUAAAUAGAAUUUUUUAAUAUAUAUAUAUAUAU